AUGGAUGGUCAUGAGAUUCGACAUGUUGCACGGCUUCAUACUUCAAAACUACAAAGUAUGCCAGAAACAAAUUUUUCAAGACUGCGCUCACUCUUUUCAAAUGUCCAGGUCCUUAAUAUGAUUUCACCAACGUUAAGAGCUUUACGCGUCUUAAGUUUCUGUGAGACAAAGAACCAGGAGUCGCCAAAUUCACUUGGCAAGCUGAAGCACUUGAGGUAUCUAGAUCUUUCCGAUACAAAAAUCAAAGCACUCCCAGAGUCUAUUGGCAAGCUCUAUAACCUCCAAACAUUGAGAUUACCGUAUCUCAAAAAGUGUCCAAAGGAGAUUCAAAAUUUGAUCAACUUGAGGCAUCUUUAUGGUGGUUACAGUAUGGAAUUUGAGGUUGGGAUUUUGGGGCUAUUAACUAAACUCCGAACAUUACCUUGCUUUAAUGUGGGUAAGGAGAGAGGUUCUGCAAUUGAGGAUCUGGGUGGGUUGAUGCAUUUGAGAGGCCACUUAAUUAUUUGCCAGCUCGAACAUGUAAGGGAUGGAGAAGAAGCAAAGAAUGCUUGCUUAGAGGAGAAGAGUCAGUUGAGCGAGUUAACAUGUAUAUGGACAUUCUAUAAGCCACCUAAUGACAAUGGGACGGAUGUACUAGAUGGCUUGAAACCUCAUCUUAAUUUGCAAAGCUUGAACAUUGUGCAUUUCAAGGGUGCUAGACUUCCGUCAUGGAUAACGGGUCUCCAAAAUUUGAAGAAGAUUCGAUUAGAUGGCUGUAACAAUUGUGAAGGAAUCCCAACACUCGGUCAGCUACCUAAUUUAAGCUGUCUUGAUAUUGAGAUGAAUAAGCUGAUACGUUUGGGAACCGAGUUUUAUGGUACAUCAGCAAGUGCCAAGAGCUCAUUGAAUGGAUGGAAGCACCGAGGAUAUCAGCUGAAGGAGAAGUUGCGGUAUUUCCUUGCCUCGAUGAGUUGCAUCUCAGUGACUGUCCUGAAUUGA